AUAAUCAUCGAAGCUUACAGUCAGGUUAACAGACCGGUGGCAAGGCCAAAGAUCCAGGCCUGUCCGUCUUCUUACGCUCAAGGGGAUAGCCCACUACUCCCAACCGCCGAGUGCCAGGCCUUGAGAGGGGCAAGAAGCCCUCAUUCCCAACAGCGCGUUCCCCAUCGCCCGGGGGAAAGCCCGCCGACAUGUUCACAUGUAAACUGCACCUCCGAGGGGGCUGCUUUCCAAAAAGAAGCCGGUCAAGCCGCAAAAUCGUUCGACAAACACAUCGCGGCUCCGCUAACCAAGCCAGGGUCGACGGAGAUAACAAAAGACACUACCCCCAAAAAUUACGGGUUGCCACUCGGUAUCACCGGUUGGUUUUGCUUUAUUAAAAAAAAAAAAAAAAAAAAGAUGGGAGGGGGGAGUGACCAGAAACAGAAAAGGGGAAAACAUUAGCUCGGACUUGGGAGUAUCAAAAACGAUCUAAUGCUUACUUGGCAAAAGCUCGUCAAAACGAACGGGUCAACUGGCCGAGCAGAAGCGAGCAAGUCGGACACAAUUAUGGAUGUCAAGUCAGUCUCUUUCUGAUGAAAACGGGCCUUUUGCCUUUUGUCGGAGCCGAGGAGCCAUCAUAAAUCGGGUCCGUCUUUUCGUUUCUUUCUCGGUGAGCAAAUCCACAUCUAGACAAGAGGCAACCCCCGCCGAGACAUUUCAUGGUAUCUUCAAUCUGAUCGAUUGUUUUCCUCGUUCAAUCUUUAACCAAGCCAAAUGUAAAUUAUUCAAUGCAGCAAGGGCAUGCAUGUAGGGAC